AUGGCAAAGAGCAAGCAGAGAUCGGCCAAAAAGUCAAAGGGCUCUGUUGCGCAAGGUCGCAAGUCGAAAGGAGUUCUCUCUACAAAAAGCACUAACAAAACUGACGACCUAAAUAACGCAAGGGUUUCGAAGCCAACAACUCCCAUCGAUGAAAGCUGUUCCUCAACAGCGCUCACUUCCGAGAACUGGCCCGCUGCCUACUUAGGAAAUGGUGAUGUUUUGGUUGAUGCUAUAAGGUCGGCGGCUAGCGAGCUGGAAAAAACCCAUCUCCCCUCCGACAUAGAGAGUUUCGAAAUGGAUGCAGACAGCCAGUUCCACCAUUAUGAUGUGCUAGACGAAUUACUUUGUGAACAGGUCGAUCCUUCCUUGAGCGUAGUGCCUACGCCAAAUUCUAAAGACCAAGGUCGCUUGCGGACGAAAACAGCUAAUACUACUCUUGAAUGGGAUCCUGCCAACAGCAGUAAAAAUAUCAAGUGGCCCUUAACAGCUUUUGAGCAGCAUUCCUGGUUUAAAGGGCUGGCUUCUAGGCUUUGUGCCAUCUUCCCCCACACGACAGUUAGGCUAGAAGCGAACGUAAGCCACUGGAGCGGAAAAUUACAGUAUGUCUCAUUUGCCCACAAGACCUCAAUUUUGAAUAAGCAUUUAUUAACCAAACGUGAACCUUGUUGGACAAUCCACGAACGCGAAUAUGUCGUUUUUGUGUUUCUGUGGAUUGACGCCCGGUCACUACAACAGAACAGCUAUAAAAGAUGCCACUGCCGAACAGACUGA